AUGUCAGAAAAGCCCGGCUUUCUCUCUCCAUCCAUGUCGCCAUCCUCGUCUUCCUCCGGCGGCAACCCGCCACCGCCCUACGGCUUCCACCACCUUCCUCAUUCUCCCACAGGCUCGCGCACUCCUAGCCGUCCCGGCUCUCCACCACAUGGCGGCAGCGUUCCCUCUCCCGGCGGCAUCCCCGGCACCUUUGUCCUCAACCUCGGCAAAUUUGGCGGCUUCUACAUCAUCCGCCUCCCGCCUUCCGUGCAAAGGGUGCUCUCCCUCCUCCUGCGCAAGUGGAAGACGCUCAUCUUUGUCGCCCUCUUCGGCACGCUCGCCGCCUUUGGCCUCUUUGGUGCCAUGUCCACAGAGUGGCGCGAGAUGACCUACUACCGCGUCGAUCCGUAUCCUGUCGUACCCGCCGCGCACAAGGCUGGUCCCAGCGCCUCCAGUCCCUUCCACCCGCCCUCGCGGCCCAUCACUCCACCAAAAUUCGGCGCCUGUCUCGGUCCCAAGGGCGUCCCCAUCCCACGAGCACCCGCAGAGCUCUACGAGACGCCCUCCGCCCAUCCCAUCCCUCUCGUCGGCAGCUACGAAGCCGCCGGCAUGGACUUUGGCAAGUGCAUGACCUACCGCUCCAGAUACCAGAUGUAUUCGGACGAAGCGCUUAACAUCACCUACCGCAAGGACAUCUCCGAGCUCGAGCCCUUCCUCGCCAAGGUCGAGGACUACGACGACGAUCCUGACAACGUCAAGCCCAUCAAAGCUAAGCCCAAAACCUCCACCCUCCUCAACGGCACCACCACCACCACCAACUCGUCCUCCACCAAGAUCGACGCCUCGUCCCAGCGCGAAAAGAUUGACCCUCUCUACGGCCCGAGAAAGCCAGACAAGAUCAGCGAAAAAGAGUGGGAAGGUCGUCUCCGCGACCGUCUUUGGCGUGCCAACGUCAUGAGCGAAGAACUCGGUCCCUCGAGCUUCCCAGACUGGCGCGCCCUCAUGGACGCUUGCUAUCAGAAGCGUCUACACGACCGCGGCAUGGCCGGCGGUGUCGACCACUUUGACCCUCACAAUCUGCCCACCACCGAAGAGCCCCACACCAGUGGCAGCCGUCCGCGUGUCUUCACCACACCAGAGACCAAGCGAACUGCGGUGGUGAUGCGAGCCUACGAAGGAUAUGUCUGGCGCGAGGACGACAUCCUCAACCUGCGGGCCCUCAUCAGCGAACUCUCGCUCAACAAUCCCAACACGCCCUACGACAUUCGCAUCCUCAUCGAGGUCCAUUCGGACAACCUCGCCGUCUUCACCUCAGAAUGGGACCGUCUCAACGUGCUUCGGUCCAGCGUACCGCGCGAGUUCUGGGGUCUCGUCGAGCUUUGGACUGAGGAUGAGAUGCGCGCUCUCUACCCAGGGCUGCCCGGAACGUUCCUCAACAACAUGUUUGCGCAGACCUCAUACCGAUCGUGCCUCAUGGCAUUGCAAAAGUUCUACCUGGACCACCAGGAGUACGACUUCAUGUACAACUGGGAGAUGGACGUACGAUACAUCGGCAACUACCUUGACUUUUUCGAGGGCAUCGAAGAGUACUCGCGCAACGAAGCGCUUCACUCUGGCAUGGACAAGUACGACACCUGGCUCGUGCGCAACGUCACCGUCUCGGAGGACAACUGGCGCGACAACAGCAGCAUCGCCAUCGGACGCGGAGAGGAGGCGGAUCUCAUCACACUCGGCCCCAUCUUUGACCCACGCGGCUCGGGAUGGUUCUGGGAGUAUGACGUGCAGAAUUACCCGCCAGGGAAGAACACCGAUCGACGAGCCUCGAUUGGCACCAACAUGCGCAUGAGCCGCGCUCUGCUCGAAGCCAUGAAUGUGGUCAACGCCGAAGCCAAAAAGUCGUUGCAUUGCGAAGCCUGGCCGACGACGCUGGUGCUCCAUUCGCAACUGCCCAUGUCGCACGACCACUCGUUCUAUCCAGAGGCCGGCUUCACCCACAACCUGCCGCUGCCAUUCAAGGGUGUCUUUGUGCCGCAUCCGGUCUACUUCCGCCACAUGUGGGAGCCCGAGGUGCUGCACAACCGCAUCAAUCGACCCGAUUUCUACAAGAAGAUCAACGAAAAGGUGAUGCGCGACAGUUCGUUCUACUAUGACGGUCAGCACAGCAGAGAAGUGUACGUGGGAUGGAAGGAAAAGGAGAAUGUUUGCCGUGCGCCCAUGCUGUUGCAUCCGAUCAAGCGGGUCAACUAG